AUGAGCAGCGAGAAUGACGAUUCACAACCGCUGAUAAACAAAGUCGUCGCCUUCGACUUUACCGAGACUGGAAGAGGCAACGCCGUAACAGAAGAUGUACGCAGAGGGGACGUCUUGCUGGAAAUACCACUUUCGAGAUGUUUCUCUUUGGAGUCUGCGCAAAAAUCGGAGAUGUUGACGAAAGCGAUGGCAAAAGCGGCGGCGGCGGCGGCGGGAACUCGUUUCACACCAACGCACGAUCAGUACAUGGCCAUGUUCAUUCUUCUUGAACAAAAUCUCGGUAAACAAUCUUCUCAUUACGAGCACAUUCUUUCCAUACCUAAAGCCUACGACUUACCGUUGUUCUGGAGCGAGGAAGAACGUCAGCGUUCACUAUUAUUUGGAACGACGACGUAUGCGGAGACCCUGGCGUUAGACGAGGAAGUGAUUCAAGAUUAUGAGUUGUUAAAACAUCAUCUCGGUGAAGACUUUUUCAGAGAACAGAACAUAACUAUGGACAGGUUUAAGUGGGUUCGAGCGACGCUGUGGUCGCGACAAUGCGAUUUAUUGCGUCCAGCGCCGGAAACUACGCGAUUAAGAGUGUUGAUACCUGAAUUCGACAUGUUUAACCACUCCUCAAAAGUUCCGCUCGGGAGUUCGCACAAGUUGAACUACUCCCGAGGCCUCGUCACGGCAUUCGCCACGGCAAAUGUUCCAAAAGGAGAACAAGCUUAUAUAAGUUACGGCAGCGGAGAGGCAUCGAGCUCGAAAUUACUGUUAUGGUACGGGUUCGCACCUCUCAACGAGGGUGAAAACCCAUUCGAACAAUUAGACGUUACUUUAACUUCGCAGUGUUCUGCAGACCGCGCGGAGUGUUUGAAACAGGCGCUUUUUGCAUCCGCGCAAGUGUACCUGCGCAAAAUUGAUAGCGAAUGGGAAGAGCAAAAAAAACGUGUUGUGGACGAGAACGAUAAGAACGAAGAGAGUAUGAAGUAUGAAGGCGACGCGUACUUGCCUAUGGUAGUGAAUGUGUUACACGCGCCCAAUGAUGGCGAGUCUGGUGAGUUCAUCGUUCGACACUCGCUGCCGGAAAAUAAUCCGUUGACGUCAUCUCUGUUGGCAUACGCCCGCGUUCAAUUUCUUACGGAACAAGAUUGUCGCAAUCCAGAAAUCGUAGCUCGAAUGUUAAACUCGUGCAGUAAAUUACCACCAUCGAUGCCUACGACAACAUCGUCGUCGUCUCUUCCUUACGACGAGUACAUCAUGGACGACGCGAAUGAAGUCGGUGCCUUGGCUACAACCGUGUCUUUGUUGGAAAGCAUACGUAAGAAUCAACCGUGGUCAGAAACUCCAGAAGAAUCCGAGCGCCUGGCGCAGGAUGACUCAAAUCCAGACUUCCAUGCGCGGUGUGCAGCUCGCGUGCGUGGUGUAGAAAAGCGAAUCGUGGAGAAAGCUUCGACAGAAGCUCGGCGUCGAUUACAUUUUGCGAUCCAGGCGUGUUUGCGCAAAUCUUUCUCCAUUCGCGAUGGUUUUUGCGGCCACUGCGACGUGUGCAAGCAAUCAGGAUGCCCAUGGGUGCACGUAUUAGCUCAGAAUGAUGGUGCAGUUCAAAGUAAAACGAGUAGAUCUAGCCGUGUAGCCAUUAGCGGUAUUGAAGACAUGCUGCCGUUACGGGCCCAUCUCCAAGUGCUGAAUGUAUGCUUUUUGUGGAUGACGGGGCACGUGCGGACGUCGGAACAAGUGAACGACGAUUCGAGUGAGCCCGAGGUGAAAAGUGCAGAACUUCUCGCUCGCGCGAAGUCACACGAGAAAACGUGGCCGAUGCGAGAAGAUGAUCCGAUGAAUGAACGCUCAGUACUCGCGUGUGACUCCUUGGAUGCGCUGGCGGCUCAAGGCCUAGACGGCUCGAACGGCGAGCCAAACGCUCACAACGGUGAAGAGGGUGAGAUGUUACUUCCCGACGCAUAUAAUCGCAUCUUGCGAAACUGGUCGAGUCGGCUAUUCUCCCAGUUAACAACUUCGCACAUCUUUUCUUUGUCGGAUGCAAACGCGAUCGCGCAAGAAAGUUCGGCGUUAAGAAAACGUCACGCGUUAUCUGUGCCUACGAGCGAAGCUUUAGCGGAGAUAAACAAAUAUUCACCUGUUUUAGAAAUGUGUUGUGGAAGUGGGUUAUGGUCACGUAGGUUACACGAGAUUGGGUGCGAUGUCACAUCAUAUACCUCGUCCUUGUUUGAUGACGAUGUGCGCGACGUUCGGUGGUUUGACAGUACUAUGACGUGCGAGGACGAGAAAGCCGUGGUCGUUGCCGAAACGUUGGCGCGUCAUAAAACACUCGUGCUCAUGUGGAUAGAUAAGGGCGGAGAAGGUAAUCGAGGAUUAGAUAUGGUGCAAUGCUACGAAGGAGAUACGCUCAUUCUAGUCGGAGAGUGGAGCGAUCGAACGUACGGGUCAUACGUAUCGUUUUUGCCAGAAUCUGGCGCGAGUUUUUCGAAACCUUUUCAAAAGUACGUGGACGAAAAUUUUUCGCUCGUGAACGAGGUUCCAGUUGGGAAUUGGCCAAUGUACGACGCAUCCUUGAGAGUUUGGAAGCGCCGAGAACCGUUUCGACCAAAAACGCCGUGA